GUCGUCGUCGUCACCAUCGUCAUCGUCGUCUUUGUUUUCGUCGUUGUCAUCCUCGUCCUCGCCGGACGUCGAGCAUACCGACACCAACAUUGUCGUCACAGUUGCCACCGCCUUUUCGUCGUCUUUCUCCUCAUCUUCGUCGUUGUCACCCUUAUCAUCAUGUUUGUCGUACACGCUCACAUUUUGCACCCAAUCUUAACGUUUUUAUCGUUAUCCUAACGCGUUGUCUUCGCCACGAGAUCAUCGCCAUCAACACCAUUACCACUACCGGCAACUACUAUCAUCGCCGGGUUGUGUCUUACAUCAUCGUUUUGCCGAUCAUAAAAACGCGAGGAUCGAGGCAGGUACACACGCGAUCAUCGUAUUUGGUGUUCCGCGAGCUGCCGACGGAGAGGUGAUGGGGUGAGCAAGAGAGGGAAAAUAUAUAUGCGUGUCGUAUACGGUUAGGACAGAAAGAAAGAGAGAGAGAGAGUGGGGGAAGCUGGAUAGAAAGAGUGGGAGAGAGAAUAUUUGAAUCUUCUUUACUUCUCUUCACUUAUAUACCUAUUUUUCUUUCAGUUUUCAGUUUGUCAUUGCCCCACAUCUCCCUUAUUCAAUGCUUAUUCCGUAUCAAUGUUUCUCUCUUGAGGUGAUCGGUUCACGUAUCAACAACCGGAUCGUGACGUGUCUUUUUAUCUCUCAUCGUAUUUUUGUGAUAUUUACAAUUUAAACAUAUAAUUAGACAAUACUUACUUUUCGAGCUGGGAAAGCUUCGCAUCUUGUAAUUAGAUCUUGUAAUUAGAUUACGAAGAUUAAUCUUUGCCAGAGAUAUACUAACCAGUACGCCAUUUGUAAACUUCGGUUGAAACGUUUCUAAUAUUGAUCUAUACAAAGGAUUAUAAAUUUUCAUUAAAUGAAAUUAUUGAUACAUGUAAAAUUAUUUGACGAUCAAUGAUAUAAAAAAACAAGGAGGAGAAAGACAUUGCAGCCAUUGUACUCGUUUGACAUUUAGUUCAUUGGCAGAAUACACAUUCGUGCUAAAAGCAUUGACUAUCUCGGUCGCGUGACUUUACUCGUCUUCUUUCUCAUCUAAUCGUAAUAGAAAAUGAAACAGAUAUAAAGAAAGAAAGAGAGAGAGACGAUAAUAGGAUCCUUCGCGGUUCAUGAUUUUUCUCACGAAAGACACAUCGCACAAGAUAAUGUCCGAGCGAAUGAAAGAAAUUUUUUUUCUUUUUUUUUUUUAAUGAAAGAUCGUUGAACCAUGAUCUUUUUAAUAUAAAAAUAUAAAUAUAGAAAUAAUGUUUAUUAACCGUAUCCAAUUAGUUCAGAAUUCAUUCAAAGGAUUUGACGUUUUUGAGAUAAUUGAUGAAUUGAAUUAAAGACGUUAAUAUUUUGUUAAUUUGUAAAUAAUUAUUUAAUUUUUAUUUAAAUAAAAAGUACUCGAUUAUAUAUUCGUUCGGUACAUUUAUCAACUUUUAAUUUUUAAUUUUAUUUUCUCGAACGAAUUUUAUCUAGGAGAUAUCGAUCGGCUGGGCACGUCGAAUAGAGACAAAGAGAAAAGAGUACCUGUUGAUUCCGAAAUACAAUUCAUUGACACGCGAAGAUUGUAUCAUGAUUCCUAAUAUGUCAACUAUCUCCCUGUUUCAUUUCAUAACGAUAGAUACAUAUUUAUGCUUUAGAUAUAACGUUCAUAAUCUUCGAGUUCUUUUUCGAUUCCUUUUGUAGUCUUUCGAAAGUUACAAAUUUAAAAAGUAGGACUAGAGUUCUCAUAGCACUUUAUUGGCUGUUCGUUACAGCUCGAGAAUAAAGAACGAAGAAACGUUCAUGUAUUAUAUACUUGGUAUAUUGAAGAGAGAUUUCCGGACGUAAUUUGUCACGAAAGGGUAGUAGAUCUUCAAUAGGUAAAAUACACUUUUCUGCGAUCUGAUCGAGUAAUUUCAAAUUGAACGAAUGCUGAUAUCUAACUGAAACAUGACGUUUUCUUGUCCCUCAAUAAUAAUUUUAUAAGGAAGAACGAGAUUUGAGGAAGAAUAAGAUUUUUUUUUCGGAAAAUAUUUAUUUUUAUAAAGAUUUUCUGCUGCUAUCAUACUAUUAUUUCGAAACGCGCUUAUGGAUAUAAUAUAAAAAUGAUAAUACUGCUGUAAAAUUUAUUUUCUUUGCAAUUUAUUUUGGCCAUAUUUAUUUAAAUCAUUAAUAUACAAUAACUAUUUAAUUAUAAAUAUAUUGUCAUGAAUUAUUAAAUAUAAAUUAUUAAACUAUUAUGGAAGAACUUACGAAUUAUCUAAGAUAAUCAAAAUUUGUCGUUAUGUGCAGAGAAAUGUGAACUCGUGGGAACUUGAAGGUUAGACAAUUCACAUGUAUGUAUGUCUCACAUACCAAUGAAGUGUAAUUUUUUGUUUAUUCGAUCGAUAGAAUAUUCGUGUUCUAUCUAUUUUUCUCGUCAACGUGUCGAUUGUCACGGUCAUCAUUUUUCUGGAUGUAUGGAUAGUUUCUUCAUAGAUCGAUCAUCAAAUUCAUAUUGGUGUGUCAAUUUUCUUUUUCCACGCAUACGAGAAUGAAAGAAAGAAAAAUAAAUAUUCAAUAACUAAUUCGUAAAAUGCAAUGUGCGGUCUGACCGGAAUCUGCACCGAUAUUCAAUCGGAUUGACCUGAUCUACGCGUAUGCUUCAAACACUUCGAACUUUCCAAACUUGGAAAAUGCACCGCUGGCGAAGCAACGUUAGGAGAAGGCGUAUGAUACACAUCAAUAUCAAAGAUCUCCAUUCAAUGAUUUUAUGGACCUCCCGAUAUAUUAAUUUUUUGGCUUAAACAAACACUCUCCCAGGUGAAUCUGCAGUGAUAACUACUUUGAAGUAAGCGGUUUCCAUAUGUCACAACGUACGUUAGGAAGAUUUCGUUCGUUUUAGAAAAUUGUCAAGUUUUCUAAAUCGGAGAAAAGUAACUGACAGCGACAGGUAUCGAUGACGACUUGAUUAUAUUCCUACAAAAGGGUGACUCACCGCGGUAGGGUCGGUGGUAGUUACUAUUGGAUCCCCGGCAAACUCUCUAAUCGAUACAGCUUCUCUCUACGUCCCGGCUCACGUUCUCUUUCCGUUGGCGCUGAUACCAGCGAUGCUUACAGAAUGAACGUGACAACGGCAGCCCAAAGUGGUGUGAGUACCCUAGCCGAAUUCGUAGGCCUCGAGGAAAACAUAAGAAUGGAUAAAACUGGCAAUAUUAUGGACCUUGACGUCUCACCGGUCACUCUGUCACCGGCUUGGUCCAGAGUCGCCCGACUUCUUUUGCUAGCUUCUCUUGCAGUUGGUGGAAGUGUCGGCAAUGUCUUCAUGAUAUCCGCAAUAGUAGUCGAAGAUCAGUUAAAAAAACGAGGAAAUGCGUUUCUAGUAAACGUUGCUUUAGCGGACCUCUUGGUGACCGGCCUUGUAAUACCCGUGUCCGUUAUCGUGAUCCUGGCAGGGCACGAAGAAUCUUUAAGCACUUGCCGCUUUGAAUGGACUCUCGAAGCACUUUGCUUUCUGGUCACCGUACUAACUUUGACCACGAUAGCAGCCGAGAAUUACGCUCGCCUUUGUUUACCCCCUGAAAGGUACAGCUUUCUAACGGCAAGCCGAGUGACAGCCACAAUAAUCGUCAUUUGGCUGAUCGCGGUGAUCGCUGUGAUUCUUCAAUCAUCUAUCAACGUCGGACCAGAUUUUUGCCUACGAAAAUUUGGCGGUAUAACGAUAGAGCAAGUAGUGGGUGUUACGAUAUUGGUCGGUUUACCUGCUGUAACAACUACUUUGCUGUAUGCGAUGCUCGUCUUGUGCGUACGCCGAGCAACAAGGGGAUCUUACAAACCACCUAUCGCCUUUUCUUGGGACUACGAGCUAACUAAAGCAAAUAUCUAUAGCUGCCUGAUGUUUAUGAUAUUUUGGUUGCCAUUCGGCACUGCCGUAUGCGUAAAUUCGUUUCGACCGAUGAGUGCUCACGUUCUCUAUGGCCUAGCCUGGUUCGCCUUUUCCAAGUCUUGCUUCAAUAAUCUUCUCUACUGUGUGGCCGAUCGACACUUCCGCAGCGCUUACGUGAAGCUCUUUCAUUACUGCUGCUGCAAGACGACCGUGAACUUUUCUAGAAGAACGCGCGCCGAUGCCGCCAGGAAUUCUAGCGACGUGCGUUUAAGGGUUCACAUUAUCCAUUCUUACGCGAGUCCGGCUUCCUGUAGACCUACCGUGGCCAGACCGAACGGACGUGAAGUCUACGAGCUCUAAAACGGCUUCCUAUUAACGCUCGCUACUUCCUCUCUUUUGUGUGCUCUACUUCCCACUCCUCCCUACACACGCUGCUUACGUUAUGAGAACAUCUAACUCGAGCAUUCGUUUUUCCUUUUCUUUCUCUUGAAAUCAACUGUGGAGAAAAUGAAUUCGUCCAUAAGAAUAGUUACGGAACAGACUUCCAAACGUUCUCUAUUUUCAGUCAAGUAUAUAUGAAGGUUUAUUGCACUUGAGCGCUCUUGCGCGCACACGAUACACGUGACUGACUUCCAAUUUGCCGACUGACUUCCAAAUGCCAACGCGAUGCUCCGAUUUCUAUCCAUUUAAAAUUUAUCUUCCUUUUGUCUUUCUUCCGUUAUUCUAUCUUGACACGAGGGUGUAGUACGCACAAAAUGAAAAAAUUAUGACAUUGAUGAGUCCAUAUCAAAUCUAGAUUUCGAACGGACCGUCAUCACCGAUAUGAAUAUGUAUAAAGUAUAAUAGUUCGUCUUUUUUGAAAACGAAAGAGAGAAAGAGAGACACACGAAUUUACGAUGGAUUUCUAAGGAAACAGAUGUUUCGAGAAACUCACACAUGCCUUGUCUAUUUCCGUCUGCGUUUCCGUUAACAAAGAAAUACACUCUUUUCAAAUUGUUUUGCUGACGUAGACACAGUUAUAUUGGUGAAUAUAUCAUCAAGACUAAUCUCAUAAAAAAUGAAAUACGUAUCGAUGAAUGUUUAUACAUUUUUUCUAACCAUAUUAUAAACCUGCUUACAAAUCAGUGAAGAAGAGUCGCAUUCGGAGCAGUCUAUAAUAAAAGAAAAGAAAACUAAUUCAAAAAUAGAUAUAGAGUUUUCUCAUUGAGAGCUAUCCGAACCUUCGUGACUCCGUCCGUUUUCGUUGGUCGUCCAUGGUCGAUUAAAGGAAUUCGAAAUUAUGAGUUUUUUUUUUUUCAUGACAAAGCCGUCUCUUGCUUACGCCUCGUUACGCAGAAAAAAUUGAAAUUUCGAAACAAGAUUGUUUCAGAAAUAUAGAAUUUCCUAAGCGUAACAUUGAUCUAAAACGUUCUUUUUCUCAUCAUUAAAUACAAAGAUUUUUAUAUUUUAAAAUGACGAUAUUGAAUUUUCGAUUAGGGAAUUUUAGAUUUCAUUAGAACGAGAAAAAAACAAGAUCGUUGAAUCAUGAUAACAUUUUUGUUCUCUUUUUCUCUCUCUCUCUCUCUCUUACUUCGUUCUGUUGUCCUUCAUGUCUCCCUUUGGAUGAAAUCUCCUACGUUUAGAUGGCUUUGUAAGAGAGAGUUAGAAAUUGACGGAGAAUGCAUCUGGUUUAUAUCAAAGUGGAAAACGAUUAUCUAAUACACUCAAGGUGAACCAAAAGUAAUUUAGGACUAUGUAUAUUAGGUUUAAAACGUGCAACACGUAUCUUCGAGUUUCGAGAAUGAAAUAAAGUCGUCGAUCGAUCGUUAUGUCUGAAAUUGUGGCGGCGCUACCUGUCGAGGUAGUGAAGGGAAAAGAGGAAAGCACUCGCAAAGGGCAUUCGUAAGCUUUAAAGGGGCUGUACUUCCUUGCUAGCGUUCAAUGUAGGUUAAUCGCCAUUUUUAUUAAUUAAUUAUAUCGGUUAUUCUUUGAUGACUUACAAAAUUAUGAUUUUCAACGGUUUAUGCAUAUCUAAAAUAGUAUUAUUUAUACAAUAAUACUAUAUUGUAAUAUUGUAAUAAUACGUUUAUACAAUAGAAAUGUAUUUCAAUUAAUUACGCUUUUCUUGAACGUUACUUUAUUUUACUUACUCGACUAUGAUAUCUAUAAAAUACUUUUAUAAAUUCUUCGUUCGCUCCAAAAUAUUAUCAGUAAAUAUCUAUCAAAUUGACGUUUUCUCGUCGUGAAAUGGCAGAUUAAUUGAUCUAUACGAAUCAAGGAUAAAGUGAUACUUUGAACAUUCAACGAUUCAAUCGAUUUGAAUGAAAUUCAUAUUUUUAUCGUUUUUUAUUUUUUUAUAAGCACAUAUUUAGAUAGAGAAAAAUAUUUCAAAUAUUUUAUGUACCGUUUCAUCUGAUGAUUCUCCAGUUUAUAGAUCAUUGAAAAUCAUUACAAAAGCAUGGUCUCGCAAAAUUAAUCUUUAUUUAGAUAAAGAAAAAAUAUAUUAAAAUAAGCUUUGGAUGAAGUAGUUUCUGGCAGUAAAUUUUAAAUAGAUUUUUAAUUUUUAAUCAUAAGGUUAAAGUUACAAGAUUUUUAUUUCUUAACGUGUAAUUUGUAUACAUCAUUCUAAGGCUAAUCGGAUUUCAAAAAUCAUGAAAUCUUGCUAUUAUACAUAUUGCUAAAAUUGCUGUUCUAUAGACCGCAUAUCUUUUUUUACGCUUAUAUCUGAAAAGAAGGUACAAAAUGUUUUGUACAAUUCUCUUUUGAAAAUUUCACAUCUAUGUAUUUAAUGAAUUAUUAUAUUAAUCUCAAUAAUAAUAUUAGAAAUUGGAACGGACUUUCGGCGAGAUAGUAUGUAC